GGGAAUGUAAAAGUUAGAAAUUUAACAAGGUAACCAGGAAACAGGACAGCCAGAGCGACGUCCAAGCCGAUGGAGUUUCUGAAGCCGUAACUUUCUUUGACGAGAGAGAAGACUUUUGUUACACAAGCUUGUCAAGUUCGGGUUUGUUGUUGCUUGAAAAAGAGCAUCACAGCGUCUCGUCUUUGCAGUGGAGGCUGAAAGGUUGUCGGUGGACAGUACGAUGAGAGAAGAGGUGUCCUGCACCAACUCCCCCGAAGGAGGUCUGGGGGCCAGCGAAGAGGAACUAGAAAGAGGGUCGAAGAAGACCUCCCAAGCAGGGAAUCGGAAACGUUCCCCUUACCCCAAGAAGGACAGCCUGGGUCAGGCAGAGGAGAGCAGCACCGGCAGCCCCAACAGCCUGGUUGCAUGUGGUCCAAAGAAGGUGAAGAAAAGCCCUUCGACAGUUGUGUCGUUGGCCCCCACGUCGCUGGGCCCCAGGCUGGACCAGCCCUUCGAGGACCUCCACUCUCAGCGCGUCAUUGCCAAUGUGCGGGAGCGUCAACGCACUCAGUCCCUGAACGACGCCUUCUCCUCUCUACGCAAAAUCAUCCCCACGCUACCUUCGGACAAGCUGAGCAAGAUCCAGAUCCUGAAGCUGGCCUCACGCUACAUCGACUUCCUCUACCAGGUGCUGCAGAGCGACGAGAUGGACGCCAAGCUGGCCAGCUGCAACUACCUGGCCCACGAAAGACUGAGCUACGCCUUCUCUGUCUGGAGGAUGGAGGGUGCCUGGGCAAUGUCCACCAGCCACUAGGCCAGCCAUCGAACUUCUCUCCUAAACCCUCUCGUGUCCACAUCUCCACCCCACCGCCUGUGUCUGUGUUUGCACCCAUUUCACGACCUCUGAACCUCUGAAUUCUUCCCCUUUUGGUCUGAUCUUAACCUUUUCAUCUCAAACCUUCGCCUACAUUCCUGCUCCAUCUCUGUGCUCCAUGAUGGUUCACUUCAUCUCUACACCAGUAUUAACAUCCAGAGUUGAAUCUUUGCAACUAAAAACCUGUUCUCCUGCAUUGUUUCCACCUUCACUGCUCUCCCCUGUCUGUCCUAAAGUUUAGUCCAGUGCAACAAGACGCUCCACUGCAGCCCCUCAGAAAACCGACGAAUGGAAAAUUCUCUACACUCAAAGAAGAAAUGUGUUCCUGCCUAACCAGAUAAUCCCCCAUUUUUUAAUCUCUCAAAAAACUUUUUUUUUCUCUUUCUCUGGACACGGGCUCGACUCAUGAGGUGCAUUUUUGCAGUUUGACUCCCAACAGUUCUGUGUUUGUGAAACACCGGUGAGGAGACAUGACAGUCAAGUGCUGAACAUUUUUAAUGAUGAAAACAAGUGAAAAUACAAACAGCUGGCCUGCGUUGACAAUGAAACAAAAUGGCUGCUGGUUCGAGUGCCUUGUGGGUAACACCGUGAUAACCGUCAUCCAUUUGACUCAACGCGUCGGAUGACUCACUGCCAGACAGACAUUAUGAUGACUAAUGAUGAUGGCACAGUGAUGGUUCGAGGGCGGUCACAGCCAAUGAAUGUUUACAGCCAAAAUGCUAAUAAGCUAAUCGCUCUGGCUCUCAAAGCCCCAUCUUGUGGGAAAAAGAGGAGCACGAGGAAUCUGAUGCAGAUCUUCUACGUUGUUGUGCUGUAGUAAGCUGGAUUGCUUUCUGUGUUUUUGGAGGUUUUUAAAGUGUAUGUUUGUGAAUUUGGUGUAUGCACACUGUAUUACUUUAACUCUGCUCAUGCAUUACACUUGGCUUUAAUGAAAAAUGCCCAUGGGAAAAUGUCUUAAACCACUGAUUACAGUUCAGCCACGAUUCCAUUUGUUUUUUUCACUUCAGCUUUUCUGUUGUUAGUGAGCGUUGCAGAGAGUUGUAUUUUAAAAUGCAAGACAAUCUGAUCGAUGUAUGUUUUUUCCUGCCGCUUUACGAAUCUUUGCAAACUUGCUGUGAGCGUUUUCACUGAAUAAUGCAAAAAAAUUCAAAUAAAAGCAGAAGGUUUCUUGUAAAGUCUAUCAAAGUGAUUCCAGCCGUGAUAUAGAGGAUUCAUUUGAUCCUUCAAGUAGUCUAAUUACUGUUUGAUCAUAUUUCUUUUGUAUUGUUUUGCAUUUGCUUUUGAUAAUCUUUAAUGUGUCAGUUCCUGUGGACAAUAAAACUUUUCUUGAUGCUGUAUAUGAGUGUCAU